AUGAGGCAGGCAGAGCCCACAAUUGAUUGCCUGGAAGAGGGAGGCCCAGGCUACAGCCUGCGGGAGACCCAGGCUACAGCCUGCUGGGCAUCUGUGACAGGAGGUGCUGGCAGUGGUGGAUGCUGCAGGGCAGGGCUGGUGCCACGGCAGCUCCUGAGAGGGGAUGGCACCUGCAGCUUGGCCCAGGUCCCAGGCUCUCUUCCAGGGCUCCCUGACCGGACUCCCCACUCAGUCCUCACUGCGGAGGAGCUGAAAUAUGCUGACACCCACAACAUUGGGGCCAUGAUUGCCCCUUUGCACUUCCUGGAGGGGAACCUGGGAAAGAGGCCCCAACCUGUGAAGAGUGAGCUAGAGGAGGAAGAGGAGCGGAGGAGAGGGCUCCUGGAAAAGAACAAAGUGGUCGCAGCCUAUUGCCGGAGCGGGAAGAAGGAGCGGAAGGAGUGUCCGCAGCGGGAAUCUGAGUGGCUGGAGCUCAUGAGUGCGGAGCUGAAAACCCAGAUGGCGGAGCUGAAGCAGGAGCGGCAGCAGCUCAUCUUGAUGCUCAACGGAUGCAUCGUCAGAACCUGCAUCGCCAGGACCAUUAAGACCCCCGACUCAGAAGGCAACCCACUGCUGGAGCAGCUGGAGAAGAAGUGACCAUGGGCUGGGAGGAGAAAGAGGAGAAGAAGGAGGAGGAGGAGGAGGAGGAGGAGGAGGAGGAGGAGGAGGAGGAGGAGGAGGAGGAGGAGGAGGAGGAGGAGGAGGAGGAUGCCAGAGGGCUCUUCCUUGCUGCAUGAAAAACUAUUCAGCGAGGUUCAGCACAGCCAGCAUCAGCCCGGCUUUUUUGUGCAACUUGGAACAGCCACACCAGGAAGCAACCCAGGCUGAUGAAACCCGGGACCAAGCACUGAGAUCAAAGUAGUCCUGAGGGGGCUUGUUCUUCCUGGGGUCAGACUUGCAGGAGGCAGGACAGAGGCUCUGGGCUAGAGAGAUGCCCAACCAGGCAGCUGUGGGCACUUCUCCGGCCUCUCUGUCAGGGCAUCCACCCAAAGGACCUUAGAGCAGCCAGGAAAAGCCAUGAGUUGCAAACAAAAUUAGGCUGAGUAUGGAACUCAGAGUGAAACCGCAAUCUGCCUGCCCCCAGCCCUGACCCUGACCCUGAUCCUGAUGCAAGGCUGGAGAAGGGCACAGUGUCAGGCCCUGCCGUACCCACCCACUGUGGUCCAGCUCAGUCCUGCCCAGAGUGCCGCCAGGGCGCACCCUCCCCGGCCCUGCUGGAGGUGCUGUGGGCACCAGGCACGGGUGUCCUUCCAAAGCACAUACUGAACGUUUACAGACUGGCUGUCCUGGCAGCGCUUUCAACUGCACAUGUUUUUUAUACUUUUUAAAAAAUAUAUUUUUUUCCAAAAAUAGAUUUUAUACAAGCAAUAUAUAAAUGGAUUUCUACAAUCACUUGAUGUUAUACAGUAUAAAUAUGCUAUGGUUUGUUUAUUAUGAACAGAUUUCAGCAAUUAUGGUCAUUGCAUGUAACUUCUCAGUACUGUAGUCUCUGGGUGUUGGGAAUAGCAGGGGAGGGAGUGCAGUGAUUUUGAUCCUGGUAAACCCUUCAUAAUACUCAGUCUGUAUUGCUCAGUAAACAUUACU